AUGGACGUUCCAAGCCAGGCAGUUACAAACCCAGGCGCAACGAGUAACAGGAGAACAGGGCUGUUUUUCGUUACCACCUGGGAUGAGCUCGGCGAAUCUUUUCUGCCUUCGACCGUAAUGGCUGACGACUUCAAUCAAAGCAUACACUUUAGAUUUGCUGGUUAUGAUCAAAUCAGCGAGGCGAGAAGGAAAUCUGAUGGCCUGGCUGUAGCUAUUAGAACUACUGUCUGCAGCCAACAUUCUCAUUCCACCGUACGCGUAUUGAAAGAUUUAAUCAAUAUAUUACCUCGGCUCAAUCACCCUGCCAUUGCUACAUUUAUUGGUCACAUGGUUGAUCCAAGUCAACUCCACUUUGUCUUCAACUAUGAUCCUCUGAUCACUUCAAUUGAGGCGCUUAUUCUCACAAAGGACUUCGCUGAAGACGAGAUUGGCCACUAUGGCGCCCAGCUCGCCGGCGCCUUGGAUUACCUACACGCCCAAAAAUCCAUUGUUCGAAUCCUGGACCCUUUCGGCAUUCUCUUGAUGCCAGGAUCAGUCAUCAAACUUGUUGACAUUCCUGCCAUGGCCAUACUGGGUGCCAACGGCCUGACUUCCGGGAAUUAUCGCCCAUGUGAGGAACAGGCCCCGGAGGCGCUAGAAGGCCGUGAAUAUGGUAAAUCUGUGGAUUGGUGGGCAUUAGGCGCGAUGAUGUAUUACUUGAGCACAAAGGAUAAACCAUUUAUGAUCAGUAUGUUUCAGCCUCAACUUCGUAAAAUAUAUAUUUGCAACGUGGCUAAACCUUGGAUUUACGUAUGUUUGUAG